AUGUCACUUCAAUUUUCCGAUAAUAAACUAAGAGGAGGAGUUCCUUCUUUGGAGAAGUUAUAUAGAGUUUCAAUGUUUACCAUAUUUGAAAAUGAGCUUGGAAAUGGAGGGGCAAAUGACUUGAGUUUUCUCUGUUCUUUGACAAAUUCUACAUAUCUAAUCGAUUUAGAGAUAGCUGUCAAUAACUUUGGGGGAGAGUUGCCCAAGUGCAUUGCCAAUUUCUCAACUACUCUCAACUAUCCGGUUCUAAGUGGAAAUAAAAUAUUUGGAAACAUUCCUACUGGAAUAGGAAAUUUGACCAAUUUGGAGUUACUAGAUAUGGGGUAUAAUAAAUUAUCAGGUCAUAUUCCUUUUAAAAUUGGAAAGCUUCAUAAGUUACAAUAUUUGGAUUUAUCUGCAAACAAUUUCUUUGGGAACAUUCCAUCAUCUCUUGGAAAUUUAACUCUUUUGAUAAAGUUGUUUUUAAACAAUAAUAAUCUUCAAGGAAGCAUCCCUUUGAUUCUUGGAAUGUGUCAAAAUAUGAUUGCUUUGAAUCUUGCUAAUAACAAUCUCAGUGAUACCAUACCAUAUCAAGUCUUUAGUCUCUUAUUCUCACUAAUUUUUCUAGACUUGUCAGCCAACAAAUUUACUGGUGUCCUUCCCAUAGAAGUAGGAAAUUUCAUAAAUCUACAAGAGUUGAAAAUUACUAAAAACAUGAUGUUUGGUGAAAUUCCUAUGAGUAUUGGUAGUUGUGUAAAACUUGAAAUUCUUGCAAUGAGAAGCAAUUUCUUUCAAGGGGUCAUUCCUUCAUCUUUGGAAUCAUUAAGGGGUCUUCAAGUUUUAGAUCUUUUUAAAAACAAUUUCUCUGGAAAUAUUCCAAAAUUUUUGGAGAGCUUUAUCUACUUGCAGUUAUUGAAUUUGUCUUAUAACGAUUUUGACGGUGAGAUACCAACAAAUGGAGUUUUCAAGAACACAAGUGCAACUAUGAUUAAGGGGAACGGCAAGCUUUGUGGAGGCAUGCCUAAGUUUCAUCUUCCUGUAUGUAAAUACAAUAAAUACAAGAAGAGGAAGUUGACUCCUUCCUUGAAGUUAAUAAUCUCUAUAUUAUCUGGCCUUCUUGAAGUAACUUUGGUAAUGUUAUUUUUACUUCUUUGCACUUUAAAAAGAAAAAGAAGAGAAAGUAUUUUAAGUAAUUCAGGAAAUUUACUUUUGAAUGUAUCUUACCAUAGUCUCCUAAGAGCUACAGAUGCAUUCUCCACCACUAAUUUAAUUGGUGUGGGUAGCUUUGGAUCUGUGUAUAGAGGAAUUCUUGAUCAAGAUGGUCGUAAAGUUGCUGCUAAGGUACUCAACCUUUUGCACCAUGGAGCUUCCAAAAGUUUUAUCGCUGAAUGUGAGGCUUUGCGAAAUAUCAGACAUCGGAAUCUAGUGAAGGCACUCACAGCAUGUUCAGGUGUUGACUAUCAAGGUCAUGAUUUCAAAGCAUUGGUAUACGAGUUCAUGACUAACGGCAACCUAGAUGGGUGGUUGCAUCCAGUUUCAAGAAGAAAUGAGGUUCCUAAGGAAAAAAUGAAUUUGAAUCUUCUUCAACGAUUGAAUAUUGCUAUUGAUGUUGCACAUGCAUUGGAAUAUCUUCAUCAUCAUUGCCAUACACCAAUUGUUCAUUGUGACCUCAAGCCUAGCAAUGUUCUUCUUGAUGACGAAAUGAUUGGACAUGUUGGUGACUUUGGCUUGGCAAGGUUCCUUAGGGAGGCUACCCAAGAGUGUUUCACUAAUCAAUCGAGCUCUAUCGGAUUAAGAGGAACAAUUGGUUAUGCUCCUCCAGAAUAUGGUAUGGGAAACGAGGUGUCAAUUUAUGGUGAUAUCUACAGUUAUGGCAUACUAUUAUUGGAGAUGUUCAUAGGAAAAAGGCCCAUUGAUAACAUUUUCAAAGACAACUUGAACCUUCAUGAUUUCGUUACAGGAGCUUUGCCUGAACAAGUGAGUAACAUUGUGGAUCCCAUUAUUCUUUGGGAAAGUGAAGAUAUGGAAACAAGGACAAAUGAUACUCACAUUCAAAAUCAAAUAGGAUGUCCCAAAAUUCUGGAGUGCUUGAUUUUGAUAUUCAAAAUAGGAGUUUCUUGUUCUAUGGAAUCUCCAAGAGAAAGGAUGAACAUUAGUGAUGUUGUAGCUCAAUUGCACUUGAUUAGAAAAAAGCUCCUCAGAACAAGAAUACGCCGAGAAAGACUUCAACUUACAGUGGUGCAAACUGCAAAGGAUGUUGAAGAUCAAACAUUUAAGGAAAGUCCACCAGCCCUGUCUAUUGAAGAAGACCAAAUCGUUAACGAAAAUGCACCAACCCAAUCAACAAAGUUACACCUGUGUCAUCAGCAAAAUCAAAUACAAGAGGAAGGUAAUGAAUAUGAUCAUGAAUAUAGAUUGUAUAAGUGUUGGGAUUCUGUUUCUUAA